AUGUCGGUUGUCACGGACGUGGAAAAUGGCGAAAUCCAUACGCCAUAUAGUUUUGAGAUUCCCCAUGCCUUUAUCUACAACGAUUCCAAACGACGGAUAUCUAGAUACUGUGGACCUUACAUGGAGCUUGUCCAGCAGUUUGCCAGGACCCAGCACUACCAGCUGUUUCUCGACCCGAUCGAGAGUUUGCCCAAGAAGUCGCUGCUCGAGGAGGAUAUUGUGGAAGGUGUGUACAAUCUCUCACUCCACGGAAUAAUAAUGCGACCUGACAGCCUGGGCGAUCACUCCGAGAGGAUUCGGUACAGUUACCCCCUGGAGGUGAUGACCAAUUGUGUGAUGGUGCCACUGGCUCCGGAGCUGCCCAAAUGGAUGUACGUGGUGUGGCCUCUGGGCAGGUACAUCUGGACGUGCCUCUUCCUGGGUAUCUUCUACUUGGCUCUGAUGCUGAAGUACGUGCACUGGCGGGAGCAUCACAGCAUAUCUCGCGACUACACCCGCAACGUGCUCCAGGCCAUGGCCAUUCUGAUGUUUAGUCCCAAUAUGAACAUGGCCCUUAAGUUGAAACACGCCUCCCUACGGGUGAUCAUCUUCUACACCUUGCUCUUCGUCUUUGGCUUCAUCAUUACCAACUAUCACAUCAGUCACAUGACGGUCUACGACAUGAGGCCUGUUUUCGUUCGCCCCAUCGAUUCAUGGUCAGAUUUGAUUCGUUCCCGAUUGCGAAUUGUAAUUCCAGAAAUAUUGCUGGAAGAGCUGCGCCUUAUCUCGGAGGUGGACACGGCUCCCCUGGAGCCACAAUUCGACUCGCACAGCUGACAGGACUACCAGGCCCUGCUCUCGAGUCCUUCGCGUCUACACGCCUACGUGGUCACUCAAGAUGCUUGGCGGUUCUUUAAUCGGCAGCAGCGAGUGCUCAUUCAGCCAUAUUUUCACCUGUCCCAGGUGUGUUUUGGUGGCCUGUUCAAUGCCCUGCCCAUGAGGAUCAAUGCCAGCUUUGCUCAUUCCCUGGACCACUUUAUACUCAAUGCCUGGCAGGCCGGACUAUGGACGCACUGGGAGGAGGUGGCCUUCUACAACGCGCGGCUGGCAGGCUAUGCAAAAAUAUUUCUGGAUACCUACCCCGUGGAGCCAUUGGAUCUACAGUUCUUUUUGACGGGCUGGAUCGUUUUAGCUUUAGGAAUACCACUUAGUACUCUGGUCUGGUGUUUGGAGAUUUACGUCCAUCGAUGGAGGGCAAGGAGGCUUCAAUACGAUCGAUUUGAGUGCUACGAUGGUUAGUUUUAAUCUUUUAAGUUUAUAGCAUAAUGCCUCUGAAAUUCAAUCAAGUAAAAUUCAUUAUGUUCACAAAUAGCAGUCAAGGGAUUAAUUACCAAAAACCAGACGUGCUUGAGUCUCUG